AUGGCAUCCACUCACGCUCCAUCUCCAGCAUAUGUCCCGCCCAAGGGUUUGCGGCUGCCCUUGGACGACUUCAUCGAUUACGUCGUGAAGGAGUAUGAUGUUGGGAUAGGUGCUCGAGCCCUCGUAUUCGAGCCAAGCAGAGCCGCUACUAAUGAUCUUCCCAGGCUCCUACUGGGAUCUUCACGACUUCUCUGUCAACCGCAUGAAUGACUUCUGGAUGGCCUUCUGGAAAUUCGGCAAGAUCAAGGCGUCCACGCAUCCCACCAAGAUAUGUGAAUACCUCUUUCCUUACCACAACGCCACUAAAAGUUGACCUGACACUUUUCCACGCCGUCGACGAGAGCUUGACCAUCGACCAAUUCCCAAAGUUCUUUGAAGAUGCCAAGCUCAACUUCGCGGAGAACAUUCUGUGUGGCAAGGACGAAGAUCUCAUGAUCACCAGCAUGGACGAGGCAACGCUUCAUCGUCCGGAGAAAUACACUUGGGCAGAGAUGAAGAGACUGGUCGCGACGUAUGCUGACGCUAUGAGACGGGUGGGGUUGGGCAAGGGAGAUUAUAUGGUUUGUACGUUGAUCAUAGCGGAACGAUCAAUCGAUCAUCGACUCUGCUAAUCCAUCAAAUCCAUCAACAGCUAUCGGCAGCAAUUGCGCUAGGUCUCUAGCAAUUCUGCUGGCUGCCGCAUCAAUAGGUGCCGUGAUUGCGAAUUUCGCAACAGAUAUUGGCGAGUGAGUAUCUUUGAAUCCUCGGUUUCUCUGCCUUACGAUCGGAGCUAACAUUUUCUAAAGGAAGGUACUAGCGUGUUGCUCGUGCAGAGAAGGUUGCGCGGUACUGACAAUCUCCAACAGGCCCUCCACGACCGUCUAGAUCAGCUUCGACCCAAGUUGAUCAUCGCGCAGACGACAUAUCUAUACAACGGCAAGCGACACGCGAUUGGAAGGAAGAUUUCAAAGUGCCACGAAGAGAGCAACGCGAAGCAAGCCUGCAGACUUGUCGCGAUAGGGCCCGAUGACGAGAUCUCAAGCACACAGUGAGUGCUCGAAGCGGACGUGGAAUUGUCAAAACUGAUGAGAGCGACAGCACGACUCUACAGGACUUCCUUGCGAACUCCCAAUCCGCAUCUCUGACCUUCGAGCAAGUCCCAUUCAACACACCGAUGCUAGUCAUGUUCUCCUCGGGCACAACCGGAGCCCCCAAAGGCAUUGUCCACGGGCACGGCGGCCUCGUCGUCAACGGAUACAAAGAAUUCCUCCUACACAACGGUUUCGGCCCCGACGAUGUGCACGUUCACUUCAGCAACAUCGGCUGGACGCUCUGGAACAUCUCCCUCGGCGCGCUCUUCUGCAAAACACCCAUGAUCCUGUACGACGGCUCGCCUUUCCAUCCCAGCCCAGAAAAAUUGCUCAAAGUCAUCCUAUCCCACGGCGUCACGGGCUUUGGCGGCGGGCCACGAUACUACCAAGAACUACAGAAACACCACGUCAAGCCGAAAGAUCUGCCGAAUCGGAUACAUUCCAUCUACUCGACCGGUGCUGUCCUGACUUCCAGUCUGGCAGCCUGGGUCGCGAAAGCCUUCGGUCCGGUCUGCCAGAUCCAAUUCUCCGGCGGCACGGAGCUAUGCGGCUCCUUUACACAUGGGACGAGAUCCGUGCCCUCCUAUCCCGGCGAAUGCGCCGUCAAAGAGCUCGGGCAGGAUAUUGCUGUCUUCACGGCGGAGGGCCAGCCCGCGCCGGAGGGAGAGCGAGGGGAGUUGGUCUGCAAGAAGCCGUUUCCGAAUAUGCCCGUCAUGUUCCUGAACGAUCCCGGCAAGAAGCGAUAUCACGCUUCGUACUUUGAAGGCUUCCCGAGUAUGAAGAGCAUCCAUUCUUUUCCCUUCUCCAUUCAGAAGUUCACUCGCUGACGCCGGUAUUCAGAAGUAUGGACACACGGCGAUUUCAUACUCGUGAAUCCCGAGACGAAGGGGAUCUACGUGCUCGGCCGAAGGUACCUUGAUUGAAUUUCCCCUCCAACGUAUACUUUCCGAAAUCUGAAAAUGGCUCUCUAACCUUGUCAAACACAGCGACGGCGUCCUCAACCCCUCGGGAAUCCGCUUCGGUAGCGCGGAAGUCUACACCGUCCUGGACUCCCCCCAUCUGAGACCUUACAUCGUCGACGCCCUCGUCGUCGGCCAACAACGCCAGGAUGCCAAAUACUCCGACGCGACGGAACAAGUCCUGCUCUUCAUCAAAUGCACCCCUUCUGCAUCGUCUGACAUACUCCUCCCAGACCCAGAACUCGUGGAACGGAUCCAGAAGCAGAUCAUCCAGGAUUUAAGCCGGCGACACCUGCCGCGGUAUAUUUUCGCCGUCGAUGAGAUUCCGUAUAAUGUGAAUGGCAAGAAACUCGAGACGUUGGUGAAGAGGGUUGUGAAUGGCGGGGCGGGCGUGCGGGGGAAGUUGAAGAUGACGGAGGAGGAGGGGAGGAUGAUGGGGGGGUUUGAGCGGUUUUAUGAGGUGGAGGAUGUGAUGAUGAAGGAGACGAAGAAGAGACAUGGACGGCUGGCGGCGAGACUCUAG